AUGCAAGAUGGAGCGCCAGCACACUAUACCUCUAAUGUUCGAAAUUGGCUUGAAAAACAUUUUCCAGCAAGGUGGAUUGGCCGUCGAGGUGCAAUCGAAUGGCCUGCUAGAUCUCCUGAUCUUACGCCAACCGAUUUCUUCCUAUGGGGAUAUCUGAAAGAUAUCGUGUACAAAAGCAAGCCACGAACCUUAUGUGAUCUAAAGCAAUCGAUCAUCUCAGCCUUUUCAGCAUUAGAUUCUGACUUGUGCAAGAAGGUUUGCGAAUCAGUACCUGAAAGACUGCAAAGAUGUGUCGAUGCUAAUGGACAUCAAUUCGAGCACUUGAAUUAG